AUGAGUUUAUUUGAGAAAUGGAUGGUACCAGCUGCAAUGAUUUUUGUUGAUUUUGCUCUGGCUGUUGCAAAUGCUCUAUUAAAAAAGGUACUCAAUAGAGGAAUGAAUCAAUUGGUGAUAACUACAUACAGGUUUUCAAUCGCUGCAAUUAUUUUAACCCCUAUUGCGUUUUUCCUAGAAAGGAAUUUUAUAUCGAAUUUGACAGGCAGCAUUGUCUGUUCUCUGUUUUUCAGUGCACUUUUGGGGGGUACGCUUACUCAGUAUUUCUUCCUAAUUGGGCUAAAGUACACCUCAAUAACAUUUAUUUGCGCGUUCAUCAAUAUAGUGCCUGUCAACACAUUCAUUAUGGCAUUGCUACUUGGGCAAGACAGCAUAAAUAUGAGAUGUAAAAGUGGGAGGGCUAAGGUAUUAGGAACCUUAUGUUGUCUUGGUGGAGCCUUAAUACUUCCUCUAUACAAAGGAAUGCCAUUGAUAAACCAGACAGCACUAGAAGUAGAAGGGAACCACAAUACAAAGAGUUGGAUUAUUGGUUCAUCGUUUCUAUUUGCGGGAAGCCUCGUUUGGUCUUCGUGGUUUAUCAUACAAGCUAGGAUUGGGAAGGACUAUCCUUAUCAAUAUUCAAGCACAGCAAUAAUGUCAUUCCUUGGAGCCAUUCAAUCUGGAAUCUUGAACUUGGUUAUAGACAGAAACACAUCCACAUGGUUUAUAAAAGGAACUUUAGAGAUCUCAAGUGUCAUAUAUGCUGGAAUAGUGGGAUCAGGUUUAUGCUAUGUGGUCAUGUCAUGGGGUGUAAAGCAAAAGGGUGCAGUCUUCACCUCUGCAUUUAGUCCCUUCAUUCAAAUUUUUGCUGCUGUGAUUGACAUUUCCAUACUUCACGAACAAAUUCACCUUGGAAGAUGCGUUUUGGGGUCCAUUUUGGUUGUUAUUGGCUUGUAUAUUCUUCUCUGGGGUAAGAGCAAAGAAGCAGAGAAUUUGAAGAAUUCUCCAACAGCAGAGAAUGGACAGGCUACAUUACAAGUUACUUCCAAUCCAUCUCAUACUUAAGAUCGAAGGUUAGAUGCAACAAAACAGGCUAAGUAAUGCAAUUUUUCAAGUGUCUAAACAACAACAAAUCAAUGUCAUACUGCAAAAAGUGUAUAUCGAAUUUUGAUAUUGUUGAAAUCACUAGUGCACCUUGUUAUCUUAACA